CCGUUGGAGUUGCUCUUAGUUACUUGAAAAACAAUACUGAGAAUAUUGUAUGCCUCAUAUCGUGGACUAGAGGUAGUGCCGCUAUAAAGGUGAGAAGGACGAGAGAGAGAAAAAAGAGGAGGAAAGAGAGAGACAUGAGGGAUUGAGGGGGAGCGCGUGAAGUGUCCGGUGAUCAAACGAGAGCUCCUUCCCUCCAACGCAAGCGAAGCGGACCAGGGUCAGCUAGAAUCCAACCACAACGAACCAAAGCAGAGCACGCGAGCAGUUUCCAUUUCCGGCCAUCCAACCCUGAGGCGAGCCGAAAGCCCCCUCACCUCCAUUCCCUCCAUGGCAGCCACCCUCCUUUACUCCUCCCCCCCAACCAUGGCAUUGGCAUUCACACCCGCCCAUAAAGAUCGCCACCACCACAGGCACAGGCUGCUGCCCCCAACCGUCCGUCCACACUCCACAGAGACAAGGGAGGAGAGGUGUCCUCUGGGUCUUUUGGGUGCUCCGCUCCUAGGUCUUGUGCCUUCCCGGCGAGUAGCUUGUUGAGAUGGGGCGCGGCAAGAUCGAGAUCAAGAGGAUCGAGAACUCGUCCAACCGCCAGGUGACCUUCGCCAAGCGCCGGGCCGGGCUGGUGAAGAAGGCCCGCGAGAUCGGCGUGCUCUGCGACGCCGAGGUCGGCGUCGUCAUCUUCUCCAGCGCCGGCAAGCUCUACGACUUCUGGACGCCCAAGACCACGCUGCCGAGGAUCUUGGAGAAGUACCAGACCAACUCCGGCAAGAUCCUGUGGGACGAGAAGCACAAGAGCAUCAGCGCGGAGAUCGACAGGGUGAAAAAGGAGAACGACAACAUGCAGAUCGAGCUCAGGCAUAUGAAAGGCGAGGAUGUGAACUCCCUGCAGCCCAAGGAGCUGAUCGCCAUCGAGGAGGCGCUCACCAACGGCCAGACCAGCCUCAGGGACAAGAUGAUGGACCACUGGAAGAUGCACAGGAGGAAUGAGAAGAUGCUGGAGGAGGAGCACAAGCUGCUGGCUCUGAGGAUGCAGGACGUCGAGCUGAGCAGCGGCAUGAGGGAGAUGGAGCUCGGGUACCAUCAGGGUAGGGAUUUCACUUCCCAGAUGCCGUUCACCUUCCGGCUGCAGCCCAGCCACCCCAACUUGCAGGAAGACAAGUAGGCCGCUAAAUCAUGCCAUGGCCUGUCUGAACUGGUGCUCCAUCUACCUGCAGGCUGCAACUGCUAGCUUCAAUUUCCUUGGGCAACCUUAAAUGUAUCUUCCUUUUCAUGUCUGGCUUGAUGAACUUACCAGUGCUAGUUGUUUCCCAACACAUAAAUUUUAACUAAGACAGUUGAUGCCAAGAUGUUCCUGGUCUUAGGACUGGAAAACAAGGAACUUGGUAUAUCAUGCUUCUUUAAA